UGAACAAAUACAGAGCUUAUGAUCAUCAAUAGUUUUACAGAGACUUCAGAUAAAGUGAUGGCCCUAAGAAGAGCUUUACAUUUCGUUUUUAAAGUUGGAGACAGGACCAAAACAGCCAUCUUUUACAGAGAUGUCUUAGGAAUGAAGAUUCUGCGUCAUGAAGAAUUUGAGGAGGGUUGUAAGGCAACAUGUAAUGGGCCAUAUGAUGGCAAAUGGAGUAAAACUAUGGUGGGCUUUGGACCAGAAGACGAGCACUUUGUUGCAGAGUGGACCUAUAAUUAUGGAGUGGGUGAAUACCGACUUGGCAAUGAUUUUUUGGGCUUCACUCUCCAGUCUAGUCAGGCUGUGAGUAAUGCAAAGAGGUUAGGAUGGCCUCUUACACAAGUUGAAGAUUCUCUUUACAUGACCGAAGCCCCGGGAGGAUACCGUUUCUACCUCAUAGACAAGGAACAGCCAAACUGUGAUCCUGUCCAGAAAGUCUCUUUGGCGGUGUCUGAUUUGCAGCGUUCUGUUCAUUAUUGGUCUUCCCUGCUGGGAAUGAAAGUGAUUGAGAUAAAUGAGGACAAAAAGAUUGCCUUGAUGGGAUUCUCAGAUAAUCAGUGUAAACUGGAGCUACAGGACAUUGGAGGAACUGUGGAUCAUGGAACUGCUUUUGGAAGGAUCGCUUUUGCUUGCCCUCGUGAUCAG